AAUGACAGCGCAGAACCCGCCCACAGGACAGGACACACAGAGCCGAGCCACCCCACCCACCAUCGGCGACCAGCAGCCAGCCGCGGGAGCGAGCUGUUUAAAGACACCGAGUCGGAGUCGGACGGAGGACUGGCAGGCACAACCGAAGCCACCGCUUCUAGUUCUCGGGUUCAUCGCCAGCAAUCCAGACCACAUAAUGGGACAGCCGGUGACGAGGAGGAGGGAGAGGGACGCGGAGGCGGAGCUGGACCUGCCGCCGGGGUUCCGGUUCCACCCCACAGACGACGAGCUGGUGGAGCACUACCUGUGCCGCAAGGCGGCGGGGCAGCGCCUCCCCGUGCCCAUCAUCGCCGAGGUGGACCUGUACAGGUUCGACCCGUGGGACCUGCCGGAGCGCGCGCUCUUCGGGGCCCGGGAGUGGUACUUCUUCACGCCCAGGGACCGCAAGUACCCCAACGGCUCCCGCCCCAACCGCGCCGCCGGCGACGGGUACUGGAAGGCCACCGGCGCCGACAAGCCCGUCGCGCCGCGCGCCGCCGCCGCCGACGCCCGCACGCUCGGGAUCAAGAAGGCGCUCGUCUUCUACGCCGGCAAGGCGCCGCGCGGGGUCAAGACAGACUGGAUCAUGCACGAGUACAGGCUCGCUGACGCCGGCCGCCGCGCCAAGAAGGGGUCGCUCAGGUUGGAUGACUGGGUGCUGUGCCGGCUGUACAACAAGAAGAACGAGUGGGAGAAGAUGCGGCUGGGGAAGGGGGCAGCCGCCGGCGCAGUCAAAGAGGAGGAGGCCAUGGACAUGAGCACCUCCCACUCGCAGAUCACCCACUCGUGGGGCGAGACGCGCACGCCGGAGUCGGAGAUCGUGGACAACGACCUGCCGUUCCCGGAUCCGGCGAUGAUGGUGCCCAAGAAGGAGCGGGUGGACGACGGCGGCAGCGCCAGGACCAGCGACCUGUUCGUGGAUCUCAGCUACGACGACAUCCAAGGCAUGUACAGCGGCCUCGACAUGCUGCCGCCGGCCGGCGAGGACUUGUACUCCUCGCUCUUCGCGUCGCCCAGGGUCAGGGGGAACCAGCCCACCGGACCCGCGGGGUUGGGCCCCUUCUGAGUGAGCUCAGGCGAGGAUGGAGGCAUGGAGAUCAGGAGAGAAGACGGACGGCGUUGCCAACUCUGUAAAUACAGCAUAGGACGAGGAGUCGAACCUGACUGAACCUGGUCGGGGUUACAAGUCGAGUGUGUCGGUGUUUCGUACAUGGGAACCGGGCCUUACAUGGGAGCCGGCCCGGUCUUGGUUUGGCGCUGGCUCAUUCUUUAGUUUCACUUCCUGCGCAGACGGUAGAUGUGUAUGCAUAGCUGUUCACUAUCACUUCCUCUUCAACAGAACCGAUUCACUCCG